AUGGAGAGCAUGGAUGCCCAAAUGGACUUCGCAAAUCAUUACGAAGUUGAUGCCAUUGGCAAGCCCAUCGCCCUGCUCGUUUCAUCGCGGCCAUUCUCGAUUGAAGACAUGAAGACCUGUGGAAUCUGUCGCGGUCAUUUACGAAACAUUGCUAGAUAUGGUCGACUGGUUCGGCGAGCUCUUCUGGAUGAAUCCACGAAGAAGCUCAUUCUCCGCUUGAAUCAAGAGUUUGUCCCUCUUGCACAAGAGCUUACUCGAGAAAUCCGCAAGCUUCAUGAUACUGAUCCUCCACAGAUGACCAGGUGGCCAGAGCUUGAAAUCAAGGGCCGAAGUGGUGAGCAAUUGGAAGUGAUGAAGCCUGUCAUGAACAGCGCGAAGCCUCAGAGAUGGGCAAGUAUGAUUGAUUUGCGAGAACGGAUCUUUAAAUACGUUCAUGCUGUGAGCCCUGAAGAGCAGCCCUUCCAACGAGUUCACGACAUGGUGAUCAAUGCACAGCGACGCAAAAUAACCGCAGGAGAUUUCAAGUUCGGAGACGAAAUCUUGCAGACCAAGGGAGUGCUUCAAGGAGCGGCUCUUACUAUCCGACUUGACAUUGCGCUGCUAUCAGACUUCCUGGCACUGGAAAAGUUGGCCUCGUACAAAGAAGCACCGCUGAAAAUUAACCUGGAAAGCUUACGAGGUGACUGUCAACAUCUUGCGCAAAAAGCUACCGCUAGCAAGCGGCGGGUGCACCAGCUGGAAGGCUUUGUUUUCGAAGCCGAGCUUUAUGCCAUGGAACGUGCAUAUGUGUCCGAGGAGCUAGGCAGAUGUCAUUUGAAAAGCGGCCUUGCUUGUAUUGAAAAGGCGAGAGCGCUCUGCAAGGAAUUCUCUGGCCAAACAAGUGGACUAAUCAGUGAAGUUGAUAACGCCGAGAAGAUGCUUGAAGGGGGCACGUUCUAUGCUGGAAUCAGCAGCGAGGAGCGCAUGGCAAUCAUUUCAGUCAUGGCGCAGGAUUUUACGGGAACGGGCCACUGGUACUAUUGUCGCAACAACCAUCCGUUCACCAUUGGAGAGUGUGGAGGAGCUGUGGAGUUGGCCUCGUGCCCGGAAUGCGGCGCUCAAAUUGGAGGGGAUGACCAUAUGCCAGCGCCAGGAGUCGUUCGGGCGGAGGACUUUGAUAUGGAUUUGGCGCGUUUGACUCAUUGA